GCUUCCCUUCCCUACAUGGACCUCUCACUCCGCUCCCCUGUUCUCCUCCCUAUCUCCAAAUCCAAACCCUCAACAACGAAACCCCGCAAACCCAACACCGAUCUCCUCAAACAAGAGCUCCUCCAAAAGGGAGUCACUCCCACCCCCAAAAUCCUCCACGCUGUCCGCAAGAAGCAAACCCUAAAAUUCCUCCGCAAAUCCAAGAAACGAUCCCAAUCUCAACCGCAACUCUCUCCACUCUCCAAUGAUGAUGAAUCAUUUCUCUUUGAUACCAUCAAGGCUGAGUAUAGAGCAGUUGUGGAACAUGUUGAGCUCAAGGGGAGGCCGUGGGAGAGGAGCAGGAAGGUUGAUUUGCGUGGAGUUGAGAGGGGAAGGUUGAUUAGUGGGGGGAAGCUGAGAGGGGAGCAUUUGGAUGAGUUGAGAGAGGUUUUGGCGGAGAGAAAUGGGGCCAAUUUGAGGUGGGUUCUUGAUGCUGAUGUUGAAGAAGUAGGAGAAAGUUUGGAAAAUGGGGUUCGAUUGAGGGAGAAUAUAAGUGAAGAUGAGAAGAUUCGGUUGCUAGUUAAAAGGCUAACCUGUGCAAACCUAAGUACGCAAGACUGGAAGUUUUCAAGGGUGAUGAAGCAAUCAUGUAUAAUCUUUUCUGAAAUGCAUGUACUUAAAAUAGUUGAAAGGCUUGGCAUUCUCGGCAAUUGGAGACUUGCGAUGUCUGUUGUUGAAUGGGUUUAUGAUCAAAAGGAUUACAAACAUCUUAGAAGCAGGUUUGUAUAUACGAAGCUUAUAUCAGUUCUGGGGAAAGCAAGGAGACCCAUUGAAGCUUGUCAAGUUUUUAAUUUGAUGCGAGAUGAUGGCAAGUUAUAUCCAGAUAUGGCUGCAUACCAUGCCAUCGCAGUGACGCUUGGUCAAGCUGGUCUUGUGAAUGAGUUAAUUAGUAUUGUAGAAUCCAUGAAGCAGAAACCUUCUAAGAGGAUUAAGAAUAUAAAGUAUAAAAAUUGGAAUCCAUGCUUGGAACCUGAUAUUGUCAUAUUUAAUGCAGUGCUGAAUGCAUGUGUGCCGUCCCACCAGUGGAAAGGAGUAUCUUGGGUGUUGCACAAAAUGAGACUUAGUGGAUUGAAACCUACUGAAACAACUUAUGGGCUGGCCAUGGAGGUGAUGCUGAAAGCCGGCAAGUAUGGUCGGAUUCACAAAUAUUUUGAGACAAUGCGAAGAGGUGGUCUAGCUACAAAAGCCUUGACUUACAAAGUUCUUGUGAGAACCUUUUGGGAAGAGGGUAAAGUAGACGAAGCAGUUGAGGCAGUCAGGGACAUGGAACGGAGAGGUGUAGUUGGAACAGCUAACGUCUACUAUGAAUUAGCAUGCUGUCUUUGUCACAAGGGAAGAUGGAGAGAUGCUAUGGUAGAGAUUGAAAAGCUUAAAAGGUUUUCUCAUGCUAAGCCACUGGAGGUGACAUUCACUGGGUUAAUUUUAUCUUCACUAAAUGGUGGAUACCCUAGUGACUGCAUAUCAAUUUUUGAAUACAUGAAAAAUCACUGUGUGCCUAAUGUUGGGACCAUAAAUGCCAUGCUGAAAAUGUAUGGCUGCAGUGACAAUUUUGCAAAAGCCAAAGAGUUGUUCGAAUCUAUUAAGAACAAUUCAAAUGAUUUUUCGGCCUACAUUGAUGAUGGAACAUUACUGAAACCAGAUGCCUAUUCGUAUACAUCUAUGCUUGAGGCAUCGGCUGCUGCUCACCAGUGGGAAUACUUUGAGCAUGUAUAUAAGGAGAUGGCUCUAUGUGGUUUUCAACUAGACCAAAAUAAACAUGUGAGGUUAUUGGUUGCAGCAUCUCGAGCUGGCAAGGGGCAUUUGCUUGAGCACGCAUUUGACUCAAUUCUGGAAGCAGAAGAAGUUCCUCACAGAUCACUCUUUAUUGAACUCGUAUACCAGACGAUUUCACAAGAGAAUUUUGAGAGAACGGUUGCUCUAAUCAACGGCAUGGCUCAUGCUUCAAUGUGUGUAUGUGAGUCCCAGUGGUCAAAUAUCUUCAGUUGGAACAAGGAUCACCUUUGCAUGGAGAAAUUGCUGAAGUUAUUAAACCAUCUCGGUAACAGUGAUAACCUAGUGAUGGAGGACCCUGUUCCCAAUUUCAUAAGAUCACUGGAGUCCUAUGUGCAAAUACCAUCAAGUAAUGCCCUUUUACUUGCUGCUUCUAGAGAGGAUUCAGAAAAUGAAUCCAUCUUUGGCAACAGAGAGAGGAUUCAGGGCCAUCUUCGUUGUUCUACUCUUAUCCACAGUGAUGGUGAAUCUGAAUCCAGAGGGAAUGAUAUUACUUCUAUAGCAUCAAACUGCAAUGGUAACUUUAGCAUAAGACAUGAUACAGAUGUUAAUUUGCUGGAGGGAGUUGAUUUUGAUGUGUUUUCUAGCUCAUCUAUUGGGAAUGAAGGUAAAUGGUCCGAAUCUACUCAAAAAGGCCACUCAGAUUCUCCUAAUGGGGAAUCAUGUUUUGACUUGCUGACUGAUAAUAUCGACGACUCAUUUUCAAAGUUACCCUCAGCAUCAGAUAUACUGGAGACAUGGAAGAAAGAUAGGAUUAAGGAUGGUAUAUUCCCUUUUGAAUACAUGAGUUCAAAUAUUCAAUGGAGAACAUAUGAUGAAGAAUGUCAUUCAUGAGAUUCUGUAGAAAGAACAAUGCUAAGUGCAUUUCACGCAUUAUUGUGAUCCCAUGGGAUUUUACUUUGUGUAGUCUCUGCAGUGUUACAAGAGAUUAAAGAUGGCCUUCGUAAAGUUGCCAAUAAGUCAGUUAAACUGAGGCUACUGCUUGUUAGAUUGUCCUGUAUAUUGUGCUGUUGUUUGUUUAACAAAUGAAGUCUCUUGUCUGCUACUGGAACUGUUUGACUAGCCUUGUGCUCUUUUUUCCCCUCCAAGGCGGUUAUUGUUUA